UUCCCUUCAAAUAAAUCUGUAAUAUUAUUGAACAUAAGAACGCAGCACACAGUGUUUGCACAGGAAAACACUGGACCACGGGACAAACAAAAGGGAGUUUGAAGCGUUAGGAUGCUAUAAGACUGUUCACAGCCAAUGUGCAUUAUGGACAGAUUAUAUGUUAACGCUUUCAUGAGGCGAUAGUUUACCUAAUUGCCUUGCAAUGGUCUUUAAAUAGGCUAGCAUUGCCUGAUGCUGUGAAGCUGAAUGUUGCUGCUGCUGACAAGUGUCAACUCUACUUCAGGCCACUCAGGUGGCUGCAAAAACCUCCGCUCAGACUGCACCCUGUCUGGAAUGCUGCAAAGCAACUAACGAGAGGCUUUGGGCAUAUCUAACAGCCAGCCCUUUAUUCAUACAUGUUCGUUUGUUACCUCCAUAUUUCUAUUUGAUUCACAAGCGAAUGCUCUGGCUUGUUCAUCUCGCUACACCGUUACAUAGAUCUACCUGAUGAGGUUUAAGUGUAAAUUGGCACAGACGGAUACGGUGAGUUAUAAAAACAACUCAGCUCCCAAAACAUCCAAGUUUACCGGCUUCCAAAUUCAGCGUUUGGUCCGUGCAUAUCACAGAUGCAGAAUGCGGUGGUGUCCCAGCUCAAGCCUCCACCUGCUGCGUUGUGUGCGGUUCAGGUCCUGUACCAGGAGAGGAAGGACCACACUGCCUUUGUCGAUUAGGACAAUAUGGGCAUACAUGAGACUGCUGGUGCAGUCACUGUACUUCAGCUCCCUCACAGACUCCGAUGUGGUUUUCGACUCAGUCUUUGAACCGGUGUUUUGGACUGUGGACUAUGUCACACGCUGGUUCGGCGCGGUGUUUGUUUGUCUGGUGGUGAUACUGACGAGCUCCAUUUUGGCAAUAGCGUAUCUGAUCCUACUGCCUACGGUCUUCAGCACAUACUCUCUUCCGUGGAUCGCUUGGCACGUUUGUUAUGGACACUGGAACCUCGUCAUGAUUGUUUUCCACUACUACAAGGCCACCAAGACUUCCCCAGGGUACCCCCCUACAGAAAAAAACGACAGUCCGUUUGUGGCGGUCUGCAAAAAAUGCAUCAUUCCCAAACCUGCAAGAACACACCACUGUGGUAUCUGUAACAGGUGCAUUCUGAAAAUGGACCAUCAUUGUCCCUGGCUGAAUAACUGCGUGGGGCAUUUAAACCACCGUUAUUUCUUCUCCUUCUGCGUCGCACUGUCCAUAGGCUGUGUCUACUGUAGCGUCAGUGGCAGAAACCUGUUCCUAGAUGCAUACAAUGCCAUUGAGCGCUUCAAACAUCUGGAUGUGGAAAAGUCAGGGGUACCAGUAACUGGGAUGGGUGUUCUCAUAGGGCUUCUCCCCCCUGGCCAGACCAACUAUCAGACACCUGCACCUCCGUACACCUUUAAGGACAAGAUGGUCCAUAAGAGCAUCAUCUACAUGUGGGUGCUGACCAGCACUGUGGCAGUGGCCCUGGGAUCUCUGACCCUAUGGCAUGCAGUCCUCAUAUCCAGAGGAGAGACCAGCAUCGAAAAACACGUCAACAGCAAAGAGACGAAGCGAAUGGCAAAACGAGGACGGGUUUACAGAAACCCUUUUAACUAUGGCAGGCUGAAUAACUGGAAGAUCUUCUUGGGCGUGGAGAAGACAAGUCACUGGCUGACACGUGUUCUCCUUCCCUCUGGACACCCCCCACCUGGAGAUGGUUUAAAAUGGGACGCCUUCCCAGUUAAAAAGGACUUAAUACCUGUAUGACGGACUCGACUCGGGCAUACUUGUAGCCUAAUAUCAGCAGUCUUUGCUGUGUCCAACUCACUCUGGUCAUUUGAUCUGGUUGGCUGUCAGGAUGUCUGCAUGGUGGCUCCAUACAGCUGAAGAAAUAGGGACAUAUCAGCCUCCAACACCUCAAAAACUUGCAGUGAUACUGCUCAUGGUUCGGUCUGUAUUUUUCACCACCGAAAAGGCAAUGUGUCACGGAUGGUUUGUUCUUUACUUACUCUUACAAACGGGUCUUACUUGACUCUGACCAUUGUAAAACUGCAGUACCAUGAUAAUGUGUUAUUUAUCUGUAUUUUUUUACCUGUUAAGUUAAUAAAUCUUUAUAAAUUGCUUAA